CGCAUGGAACAUGGAACCCUGGGGGUCUCUGUUGCACGGCAACCAGAUAAGUCGGCAAAGCAAAGCUGGAGGCCAUGUUAUCACCCCGGCCUCUGCCCCCCUUCUUCUGUGCCCUUUGGACCAUGUGGGGCAGGUGGCAGUAGCCAUGGCGGAGAGAGCCCGGAAAACACAUGGUCAGUAGUAAAGCAUGGGAAGGGUUGGAGGGGGUGCGAGGGGGGGGUAGCCUGGCUAUAGGGGGCUUCCCCAGUGGGAAGACAUCAGCCUGGGGAGAACAGAGGUAGCUAGGCACAGGCUUUGUUGUUGUUGUUUAGUCGUGUCCGACACUGGUUUCAAAUCCGGGUACUUUAAGAUCUUCCCAAUGCAUAGAGGAUGCAAUUCAGAGAUUCUCCUGAGUCCUUUGAAUUUCAGAUUUCUGGAAAGUUAGAAAGCCCCAACAUUCCUUAGAUUGUUGUUGUUGUUUAGUCAUCUAGUUGUGUCCGACUCUUUGUGACCCCCUGGACCAGAGCACGCCAGGCACUCCUGUCUUCCACUGCCUCCCGCAGUUUGGUCAAACUCAUGCUGGUAGCUUCGAGAACACUGUCCCACCAUCUUGUCCUCUGUCAUCCCCUUCUCUUUGUGCCCUCCAUCUUUCCCAACAUCAGGGUCCUUUCCAGGGAGUCUUCUCUUCUCAUGAGGUGGCCAAAGUAUUGGAGCCUCAGCUUCACGAUCUGUCCUUCCAGUGAGCUGAUUUCCUUCAGAAUGGAGAGGUUUGAUCUUCUUGCAGUCCAUGGGACUCUCAAGGGUCUCCUCCAGCACCAGAAUUCAAAAGCAUCAAUUCUCUGGCAAUCAGCCUUCUUUAUGGUUCAGGCCUGUUUGGCAAUCGCCAGUCUUUGGGGUCCAGUUUGGGGCAGUGGUUAGAGUGCUGGGAUAGAAUCUGGGCGACCAAAGUUCAAAUCCCAACUUCAGCCAUGAAACUCACCUGGGGGGCCUUGGCCGUCAGAGUCUCUCAGCCUCCCAGAUGCUUAGAAAGCUGAAGUGAGUUUUAAUCCAUUUUCAGUCUGUAUGCACCAACCCAGACCCUGUGAACAUCAUCUGAGUGGGGGGGGGGGGCUCGUAAAAGGGCUAGACAAACUCAGGGGGAGAGAGAUCAGGUGUGUCUGAGUUAUUGCAGUAGCCCAGUGGAACCUGCUUCUGCAGAGUCUACCAGAGUGGUAGUCAGGUGGGUGGGGUAAUAAUAAUAAUAAUACAGUGGUACCUCGGGUUACAUACGCUUCAGGUUACAUGCACUUCAGGUUACAGACUCUGCUAACCCAGAAAUAGUACCUUGGGUUAAGAACUUUGCUUCAGGAUGAGAACAGAAAUUGUGCAGUGCCGGCACAGCAGCAGCAGGAGACCCCAUUAGCUAAAGUGGUGCUUCAGGUUAAGACUAGUUUCAGGUUAAGAACGGACCUCCGGAACGAAUUAAGUACUUAACCAGAGGUACCACUGUAAUAAAUUUUAUUUAUACCCUGCCCUCCCCAGCCUAGACCGGGCUCAGGGCGGCUAACACCAGGUAUAAAAACAAUUGAUUGAAAUAUAGCUUUAAAAACAAGAUUAAAACACAACGUUAAAAUGCAGCCUCCUUUCAGCAGAAACUCAAAUCAAAAACUUUUGGGGGUAUGAAAACGUCAAGUCUUCACCAAGGCCAACUAUCCAGACUGGUCCUACGUGGCCCAUAAAAAAGCCAGGAAAGUCCCCAAAUAGGAGUUCCAUCACAGAAAACAGGAGUGCCUGGCGUGCUCUGGUUUUCUGGAGAAACAACAACAUCAGUUAUUGUUAUUAAUAUUAUUGUUGAAUAGGACAUCACUAUUUUCAUUGCAGCAUGGGCAUAGCCAAGGGAGGGGCAGGGAGGCAGCUGCCCCCCUUAAACCCUCAAAAAGUAUUGAAAAGCAUUAACAAUACUCUUAUUAACUGAGGGUCUGCCCCCCCAGCAGAAGCCUGUCCCCCUAACAAAAGCCUGCCCCCCCACAAUGUCCUCUUUUGGGGGGGAUUUUUACCUGUGAUCUCCCAACAAAAAGAUCAACAACUUUUUGUACCACCACCCCCCAACAAAAAUCCUGGCUGUGCCCAUGAGCCGGAGAAGUGUUGGAGGAUAUGAACUUGAAUGCUAACUCAACAAUGGGAUCCUGCAUUCGAUUUCACGCCUUGCUGCUGCAUCGAGAACCCCAGGGAUUAGGACUCGGGCAUCCCACAGACUGACCACCCCAAACUCACAACGAUAUUUGUGAGUGUCUGUAGGUGGUUGGAGGAUGGAUGGCGACUAACAGAUUGAGGUUGAAUCCUGACAAGACAGAAGUACUGUUCUUGGGGGACAAGGGGCGGAUGGGUAUGGGGGACUCCCUGGUGCUGAAUGGGGUAACUUUGCCCCUGAAGGACCAGGUGCGCAGCCUGGGAGUCAUUCUGGACUCACAGCUCUCCAUGGAGGCGCAGGUCAAUUCUGUGUCCAGGGCAGCUGUUUACCAGCUCCAUCUGGCACACAGGCUGAGACCCUCCCUGCCCGCGGACUGUCUUGCCAGAGUGGUGCAUGCUCUAGUUAUCUCCCCCUUGGACUACUGCAAUGCACUCUACGUGGGGCUACCUUUGAAGGUGACCCGGAAACUGCAAUUAAUCCAGAAUGCGGCAGCUAGACUGGUGACUGGGAGCGGCCGCCAAAACCACACAUGGAAAGACCUACACUGGCUCCCAGUACGUUUCUGAGCACAAUUCAAAGUGUUGGUGCUGACCUUUAAAGUCCUAAACAGCCUUGGUCCAGUAUACCUGAAGGAGCAUCUCCACCCCCAUCGUUCUACCAGGACACUGAGGUCCAGUGCCGAGGGCCUUCUGGUGGUUCCCUCACUGCAAGAAGCCAAGCUACAGGGAACCAGGCAGAGGGCCUUCUCGGUAGUGGCACCCGCCCUGUGGAACACCUUCCCACUAGAUGUCAAAGAGAAAAAUAACUACCAGACGUUUAGAAGACAUCUGAAGGCAGCCCUGUUUAGGGAAGUUUUUAAUGUUUGAUGUAUUACAGUAUUUUAAUAUUUUGUUGGAAGAUGCCCAGAGUGGCUGGGGAAGCCCAGCCAGAUGGGCAAGGUAUAAAUAAUAAAUUAUUAUAAUAUUAUAAUUACUUUCAGGGCAGAAUGUUUGCAUUCCUCCUCCUCCUCCCCCUCCUCCCCACUUGCUUUUUCUCUCCCCCCUAUUUUUUUAAAAAUGCUUUAUUAACUGAGAAGUGCAUAACAGAAAUACUCAGUAAAUGUAAACAGAAAACAUGAAAAAAUGGUGACAAAUAACCUACAACCAUUUGUUCCUCCAUUAUUUGCCUUUUAUCUUAUUUGCAAUUAAUGCCAGUGUGACCCUUUUAUGUUUCCAAAUUAUAUUUCUUAAAUGCACAUUUGACUUUAAUAAUAAUAAUAAUAUUUUUUUAUUUAUACUCCGCCUUUCCCGGUUCAGGAAACCGGGCUCAGGGCAGCUAACAACAAAUUUAAAACACUUACUUGAUGCUACAAAAAAAAACAGCAUAAAAUACGGUAUAAGGCGUAAAUAACAAUAAAAUCAAGAAUCAAAAAUCAAUUUAGGGGGGAAAUCCAUCCAAUAAACAUUAGAUGAUCACCAGGGCUAGCUGGCUAAAUUUGUCCUAUUUGGGCCAGAGAGGAGACCUGGGGAGAGUUAGCUGUGGGUAAUCUUCAUAAAAAGGAGAGGGAAGGAAGGGGAAUAAAAGAUCAGGCUGAAUUCAAAUUAAAGGCCAGGUGGAAUAGCUCUGUCUUACAGGCCCAACGGAAGGAGGUUAAAUCCUGCAGGGCCCUGGUCUCAUGGGACAGAGCAUUCCACCAGGUCGGAGCCAUCAUUGAGAAGGCCCUGGCCCUGGUGGAGGAUAAUCUAACUUGCGCCUUGCUUUUUCCGGCGCAAAACCACCCCGAACCCGGAGCCCGUUUCCGUCCUUCCCGUGCGCUCUGGCGCAUAAAAGCACCAGCGCGCACGCCAACUUGGCGCGCGGUUGCCUCGCUUCGCCAUGGACGCGAUGCUCGCCUUGUGCGCGCUUCCCCGUCGCCGUCGGAACCCCAACGCCCGGCUCCGCGUUGGCUGCCGGGCUUGUGAGUGGAGAGAGCCGGGGACUCUAACCGGGGAAAGGCUUCCUCCUCCCUCUUUUCCCUUUGCGCGCGCGCGGGGGAGGCUGCUUCCCCGGUCGCCACUUUCGCUUUCGCAGCGCGCCUAACCGGAGAGGGACCCUCCUGCGCCGGCGGCUGGUUUCGUGUGCGAGGCCCUUUCUCUUUCUCUGUCUCCUUCUCCUCCUCCUCCUAAUCCUUCCUCCUUCCUUCUCUCCUUCCUUCCCCACGUGCAGGCGGCGGCGGCGGCGGCCGGGACGGCGCCAUGGCCGGGCUGGAGCUCCUCUACCACUCGGUCUCCCCGGACAUCUCCAGCCCGCAGGACGCCUUGAUCUGCUACCUGCACUGGAAGCUCAUCACGCAAGGCUUCCGCUGCCUCGGCGCCGGCGACCAGGUGAGAGGAGGAGGGACGGAGGGUUGCCAACGCUUCUCCCCCCUCUCGGCGCCUCUGCCCAGGUGCGUCGCGGCGAAGGGGGCGUGAGAUCGUCUGGGCAGCUGCGUAGCGGCAGCAGGCUGCGGGAAGGGCAGGGGAUAAGGCUGGCGCUGCUUACCAGGCCGGAAAAGGAGGGGGGUUGCCAACUCUUGCCCCCUCUCUCGGCGCCUCUGUCCAGCUGCGUAAUCGUGCCAGGGGGUGUGGUCUCCACUGGGUAGCUGCGUAGUGUUGGCCUCCCCUUUGGCAGGCUGUGAAAAGGGCGAAGGAGUAGGCAAAGUUUUUCAGCUGUGGGCCGGGCCACUGUCCCUCAGACCUUGUGGGGGGCCGGACUAUAUUUAGGGGAGGGGGGAAUGAACAAAUUCCUAUGUCCCACAAAUAACCCAGAGAUGCAGCCCUGUUCAGGGAAGGUUUUAAUGUGUGACAUUUUAAUGUAUUUUUAAUCUUCGUUGGAAGCCGCCCAGAGUGGCUGGGGAAACCCAGCCAGAUGGGCAGGGUGCAAAUAAUAAAUUAUUAUUGUUAUAUUAUUAUUUUAAAUAAAAGCACACAUUCGACUCAUGUAAAAACACGCCGAUUCCCGGACCAUCCGCAGGCCAGAUUUAGAAGGCAAUUAGACUGGAUCCAGCACCCGGGCCUUAGGUUGCCUACCCAUGGAGUAGGUUGUCUCCUCUUUACUUCCUGGGGCAAAAAAGGAGAGGGGUUGCCAACUCUUUCUUCAUCUCUGGAUGCCUCUGGCCAGCUGCAUCACCGGGCCUCCCAGGCCAGUGAGAAGCAGUGGGCAAAAGCCUAGCAGGAUGUGGUAUUUGUAUAAUAAUAAUAAUAAUAAUAAUAUUUAUUAUUUAUACCCCACCCAUCUGGCUGGGCUGCCCCAGCCACUCUGGGCGGCUUCCAACAAAUUAUUAAAAUACAGUAGUCCAUCAAACAUUAAAAGCUUCCCUAAAGAGGGCUGCCUUCGGAUGUCUUCUAAAAGUCUGGUAGUUGUUGUUCUCUUUGACAUCUGGUGGGAGGGAGUUCCACAGGGCAGGCGCCACUACCGAGAAGGCCCUCUGCCUGGUUCCCUGUAACCUCACUUAUCACAGGGAGGGAACCACCAGAAGGUCCUCAGCACUGGACCUCAGUGUCCGGGUAGAAUGAUGGGGGUGGAGACGCUCCUUCAUAUAUACUGGGCCGAGGCCGUUUAGGGCUUUCAAGGUCAGCACCAACACUUUGAAUUGUGCUCGGAAAUGUACUGGGAGCCCAUGUAGGUCUUUCAAGACCGGUGUUGUGUGGUUUUGGCGUCCGCUCCCAGUCACCAGUCUAGCUGCCGCAUUAGUUGUAGUUUCCGGGUCACCUUCAAAGAUAGCCCCACAUAGAGCGCAUUGCAGUAGUCCAAGCGGGAGAUACCCAGAGCAUGCACCACUCUGGAGAGACACUCUGCGGGCAGGGAGGGUCUCAUCCUGCGUACCAGAUGGAGCUGGCAGACAGCUGCCCUGGACACAGAAUCUUACAUGUUGUGCCUUUCCCCAUAACUUACCUUCCUCCCCCACCCUCCAAAAGCCCCAGGUGGGAGGUGGUGGGCUCUCCUUCCUUGGAGCUUUUUAAGCAGAGGUUAGGUGGCCAUCUGUCAUGCAUGAUUUACCUGAGAUUCUGCAUUGCAAAGGGUUGGACUGGAUGACCCCCUGGAUCCCUUCAACUCUAUGAUUCUGUUUUAAUUUUGGCUUCCUUUUCCCGUUCUAUUAUAUAUCUCUCUCUCUUUUAAGGGUGUGGCAACCAGAACUGUAGGCAGGUGCUUGCUUUGGUUUUAAUUUUUAUUGACCUCUGUAUCGUAAAAACUACCUAGAGAACUUGGCUGGAUAUAUAGUUUGCAAAUGUCAUUCUUCCUGCACAUGUUGUUGUUGUUAUUUACCUGCCCUUCCCCCCAGGUAUAAAUAAAAAUUAUUAUUAUUAUUAUUAUUAUUAUUAUUAUUAUUAUUAGGUCCUAUGGCACAUUGCAGCAUUAAAAUGUCAGAAUUGCUUGUGUGUAUUUUUUUGUAUGACCUACCUUAUUUUUAUGAUUGCAUGCUGUUUUUAUACUGUGCUUUAAUAUUGUAACCUGCCCUGGGACCUUAGGGGGAAGGGCAAGUUGUUGUUGGGCAAGUUGUUGUUGUUGUUGUUGUUGUUGUUACUACAAUGAUAAGGAGCCAAUCCAGCUUCCCUGGGAAGGGAGUUCGAGUCUGGAAGCUGCAACCACUGAGAAGGUCCUUUCUAGGCCACAUUUUUUUAAUGUACAUUUUUAUUGGUUUUUUUAACAUAUCAUUUCCAACAAUCAUUUACCAUAACUUCUUACCUUAUACAAUAAUUUAGACUUCCGCCAACAACUUCUGAAGAUUUUCCAUUCUUUAUCGCUCGUUCUGCAUUUCUUAAUUUCUCUAUUACUUUUAAUUGUCCUUAACUAAUAAUUCUCUUCAUAGUCUUUCUUGCAAUGUUUCAAAUAGUCCUCCUUACAGAACUUCUUGCAAUCGUACUAGCGUAAUCUGUUUAUUACAAUUGCUUUUCGAAUAGUUCCAGGCCACGUUUAAGGACUAGUAUCAGACUCAAGAAAGUGCUUGUACUCUUCCUCCUCCCUCCCCAACCCAUUUUCCUUUCAUGCCGUUUCUUUAACCUGUGAAUCCGCUGGUAAGGAAUGGAGGUUUUUAAAAAGUCUAAGCUCCCCUGGGUGCCUUUUCAGCUGAAGAGGAAGGUAAAAAUGCUUUAAAUAGCUAGAAUAGUGCCCAAAGUCCACCCAAGUCCACCUUCCACCAGAGGUCAAAGAGAUGCAGUCCAGUGAAUUUUCAAAAGUUUCACCUGUCUCUUCCGGGGUGUCAUUGCACAGCCAGGCGCCAACGAGAGGAAGUCUGAGAUGCUGCCUGCCGGGUGGAACGCAGACAGCGACCUGUUCACCCUCCGCUACAGGAUGAAGGACGACUCCCGCGACCUCCUGCUGAAGGGGAUCAUGAUGGACGGCAGCAUCAUCCUCAAUGCCAUGGUGAGGCGGCUCUGCAGGCGGCUGAUAGAUAAUAAUAAUAAUUUAUUAUUUAUACCCCACCCAACUGGCUGGGUUUCCCCAGCCACCCUGAGCGGCUUCCAACAGAACACUAAAAUACAAUAACCAAUUAAACAUUAAAAGCUUCCCUAAACAAGGCUGCCUUCAGAUGUCUUCUAAAAGUUUGGUAGUUAUUUUUCUCUUUGACAUCUGGUGAGAGGGCGUUCCACAGGGCAGGUGCCACUACCGAGAAGGCCCUCUGCCUGGUUCCCUGUAACUUGGCUUUUCGCAGCAAUGGAACUGCCAGAAGGCCCUCGGAGCUGAACCUCAGUGUCCGGGCAGAACGAUGGGGGUGGAGAUGCUCCUUCAGGUAUACUGGACCGAGGCCAUUUAGGGCUUUAAAGAUCAGCACCAACACUUUGAAUUGUGCUCAGAAACGUACUGGGAGCCAAUGUAGGUCUGUCAGGACCAGUGUUAUGUGGUCUCGGCGGCCGCUCCCAGUCACCAGUCUGGCUGCCGCAUUCUGGAUUAAUUGCAGUUUCCGGGUCACCUUCAAAGGUAGCCCCACAUAGAGCGCAUUGCAGUAGUCCAAGCGGGAGAUAACCAGAGCAUGCACCACUCUGGCGAGACAGUCCGCGGGCAGGUAGGGUCUUAGCCUGCGUACCAGGUGGUGCUGAUAAACAGCUGCCCUGGACAUGGGAAGCUGCCUUAUGUAGUCUGCUGGGCCCAUCUGGCCCAGUAUUGUUUCCACUGGCUGGCAGCAGCUGUCUAGGAUUUCAAGCCCUACCUAGAGUUGGUGCCCUUGGGUCCUUCUGCACGCAAGGAAGAUGCUCUGCUCAUGACCUGCGGCCCUUUUCCGGCAGCAGAAAGGUCUUUGCUAGAGCAGGAAACUCUUCAUCUCAAGGUCAAGGGUUCGAGCCCCACUUUGGGCUGAAAAUAUUCCUGCACUGCAGGGAGUUAGACUUUCCUGUUUGGCUCAAUUGUACUUAUUUAAUUUGAGCACUGGAAUCCGUUUUUUCACUGCCUGGGAUCAAACCUGCCGUAUGAGGAUAAUUGGAGAAGAGUGCCUCUGACCAUGCGCAGAGCGAGAUUCCUUCCCAGCUCCUUUAAUCCCACACAAGGCGGUACAACUUUCAGGAGGGAGAUCUUCCUUGCUGCCCCCCCACACACACUCAGUAGGGCCUGGGCUCAUAUUCUUCCCGCUUUUCCACCUCUGUCCUUCCCAAACUCAGCUCUGUCUCUUUUCCGUUUUCCCUCCAGGAUCCCAAAUUACAAAAAGUGACAGCUUUGACCUUGAAAGUGUCCGACUUCGUCAACCCGGAACACCUGGCUGAUUUUGACAAGUAAUUUCAUCAUCAAACCUUUUAUUGGCAUCACAUAUAAAUAUCUGAAGGGAUGCGGGUGGCGCUGUGGGUUAAACCACAGAGCCUAGGACUUGCUGAUCAGAAGGUCGGCGGUUCGAUUCCCUGCGACGGGGUGAGCUCCCGUUGCUUGGUCCCUGCUCCUGCCAACCUAGCAGUUUGAAAGCACGUCAAGUGCAAGUAGAUAAAUAGGUAUCGCUCCGGCAGGAAGGUAAACAGCGUUUCCGUGCGCUGCUCUGGUUCGCCAGAAGUGCCUUAGUCAUGCUGGCCACAUGACCCGGAAGCUGUACGCUGGCUCCCUCGGCCAAUAAAGCGAGAUGAAUGCCGCAACCCCAGAGUCUGCCACAACUGGAUCUAAUGGUCAGGGGUCCCUUUACCUUUACCUUUACCUUACAAACAUCCAAAACAAAUCAAUACAGAAUUACCACUUCCCCAGUGGCACAGAACAUUUGCUAAAACAAAGGAGGCAGAGCAGUCUAUCGUCACAUCUCUUGGUCUCCAGGGAGAUCAGACGUCUGCAGUGUAUUUUGAUGACAAAAAACCAAAUAGAGAUAUUUAGCCACUAACUUGGUGAGCUCCUGAUCAUUCCCCAGUAAUAGAAAAUGUAUGACCUCCAACUCUGGUUUCCAGUUGAGGAUGCAGAGUUGAUCUAGAAAUUGCUGAUGGAGAUCAGCAUAUAGUUUACGAUUAAGAACCAUAUGUGUGAGGGUUUCCACCAGGUGGUCUUCACAUGGGCAAGUUCUUUCUCCUUCCUGAGAACCUUCCCCAAAGGAGGUUGGAUGGAUUUGAAUUAAACCUGGCCAGCGAAAAUGCCCUUCUUUCUUGAGGGUUAAGCAGAAACUCAAGGUAAUUGUGGUUAGUUUCAUGUGCCUAAGAAAGUUUAAAAUAAAGAGGGGAACAUGUUUUCUCUGCCGCUGCUGUUCGUUCUUGGCGUUCAAUAUCCCACAACCUAGUUUUUAUUAUAGCCUUGGCAGAUGGUAGGGACAUCGAUCGCAAAAGUUCCACUGACAGCCCGAGUUGCUGUACCUUCUUGUUAAACUGUUGUAGCCCUGGGGAAAGAGAGGGGUCUAACAAAACUUCGCUUAUCUGAUGUAAGGCAGAUGUUUAACCAGCAUAGAAGAAAUCUUGCCCAGGCGACAGUCUCUACCUUGUGUUGACCUCCCUCUAGUAAUUGCAGCUCUUUGUAAAGGUUGUGGGCGCAUUCGGAAGAAGAGCGAUGUCUGUUUGCAAAGGGGCCCUUGGGUCGGGGGAGACAUAUGUGGCCUUUCCACAGCUGUGGGAACAUAAGCCGAGAACCCCAGCCAGAUCAGACAUGCAUGGGGAAAACUAAUCACCUUAUGUCCAAUAGUGGGAAAGCCAAACACAUAUAGUGCGUACAUCAUUUUAUUUGCAUAUUGUCUUUCCAUAGUUCAAAACCAUGCUCAAAGGCAGCUUGCAACAGGGAAAAGUACACCAUUGCAAACAAAACAAAAGGAGUCAUAAACAAGAAAUAAUAAUAAUAAUAAUAAUUUUAUUUAUAUCCCGCCCUCCCCAGCCGAAGCCGGGCUCAGAGCGGCUAACAACAAUAAAAGUAACACAGUUUACAUAAAAUCACAAUCAAUUAAUUGAAAUGCAUUCUAAAAUCAAUUCAUUCUAAAAUCAAUUCAAAAUCAAAUUAAUGGCAACCAUUGGGCAAGAGUUCUGAUAACACGGAGUCAUAGACUCAUAAGAGUUGGAAGGAACCUGAGGGUCAUCUAGCCCAACCCCCUGCCGUGCAGGAAUCUCAGUUUAAGCAGGAAUCUCAACAUCAAAAAGUACACGGCCAAAUUAGACAUUUUCCCACUGAUGGAUUUCUGAAUUAUAUCCGACCUUUUCUCCAAAGAGCUCAAGGCGGAAUGUACUGUUCUCCCUGCUCCUCAUUCCAUCUCCCUAACAACCCUGUGAGGUAGGCCAGACUGAGAAGAGCAACUGGCCAAGCUGUUUCAGGAGACAUUGAGUGACUGAGCCUGAAACCUCUUGUGGGCUUGUUCUCUGCCAACAGUUAGAUAUCUUAGAUAGCCCCUUUUUAAACAAACACAAUGGGGUCCAGUAUAUUCUAAAUAUUAUUUUUUGUUGUAGAAUAAUAAUAAUAAUACCAGGAAAGGGCCUAGAACAGGCUUCCUCAACCUCGGCCCUCCAGAUGUUUUUGGCCUACAACUCACAUGAUCCCUAGCUAGCAGGACCAGUGGUCAGGGAUGAUGGGAAUUGUAGUCUCAAAACAUCUGGAGGGCUGAGGUUGAGGAAGCCUGCUCUAGAACUAAAUAGAUAAAUAAAUAUUUCUACCCCGCCCAUCUGGCUGGGUUUCGCCAGCCACUCUGGGCGGCUUCCAACAAAAGAUUAAAAAUACAGUAGUACCUCAGGUUACAUACGCUUCAGGUUACAGAUGCUUCAGGUUACAGACUCCGCUAACCCAGAAAUAGUGCUUCAGGUUAAGAACUUUGCUUCAGGAUAAGAACAGAAAUCGUGCUCCAGCGGCAGCAAGAGGCCCCAUUAGCUAAAGUGGUGCUUCAGGUUAAGAACAGUUUCAGGUUAAGAAUGGACCUCCGGAACGAAUUAAGUUCUUAACCCGAGGUACCACUGCAUUAAACCAUCAGACAUUGAAAACUUCCCUAAACAGUGCAGAUGUCUUCUAAAAGCCAGAUAGUUGUUUAUUUCCUUGACAUCUGAUGGGAGGGCGUUCCACAGGGCGGCCGCCACUACCGAGAAGGCCCUCUGCCUGGUUCCCUGUAAUCUCACUUCUUGCAGGGAGGGAACCACCAGAAGGCCUUCGGAGCUGGACCUCAGUGUUCGGACCGAAUGAUGGGGGUGGAGACGCUCCUUCAGGUAUACAGGACCGAGGCCGUUUAGGGCUUUAAAGGUCAGCACCAACACUUAGAAUUGUGCUCACAAGCGUACUAGUACAGUGGUACCUCGGGUUACAUACACUUCAGGUUACAGACUCCACUAACCCAGAAAUAGUAUCUCGGGUUAAGAACUUUGCUUCAGGAUGAGAACAGAAGUCAUACGGCAGCAGCAGGAGGCCCCAUUAGCUAAAGUUGUGCUUCAGGUUAAGAACAGUUUCAGGUUAAGAACGGACUUCCGGAACGAAUUAAGUACUUAACCCGAGGUACCACUCUAUGAGCCUCAAUGUAAGGUCCAGAGACACCCUUGUUACAGCAGUUAAAACAGUUUCCCACUGUGUGGUCAAAAUGGAGAUCUCUAAUUCUGCCUUCUCUCCCGCCUCAGAGUGUACCAGAACACAGAGGAGCUGCAAGCACAGGUCACGGCUCACAUCGUCUCUCCCUUCGAGGCGGCCAAAGAGAGGAGCGUGGCCAAGGAGGAGCCCCGGCGUGAGCGGAACCCGUCUCCUCCCAACCCUCCUGACCAUGACCCGCUGUGGAUCCCGCCUCGCCAUCCCCACGGCAGCCGGCAGCCCAACUGGUAAAGCCCCUUGUAAUGCGGCAGAGAGUGAGGAGGGACUGGCUUUGGUCCAGAGGUUGCCCCAGGGAUGCUCCUAGCAUAGCUGUCAACGUUUCCCCUUUUUAAAGGGGAAUUCCCUUAUUCCGAAUAGGAUUCCUCGCAAGAAAAGGGAAAAGUUGGCAGCUGUGGCUCCUAUGUUCACAUCUGCAAGGCUGGAUCCUAGCACUGAGCUGAGCGUUGCUUAGAUUUCCUUGUCUUCUCUCUUUAUUUUUAAUUUGCAUUUUAUUUAUUUGUUAACAUUCUUAUAUUACAUCGGUAAACGUUGUCAUAUUAUAUUACAGAACUUACUAUAAUAUAAUUUCCAACGUGUAUACAUAAAUUAUAUACAAAUUUUAUAUAUCUAGAAAGAAAAUGAAACAACAAAAAAAGAAAGAACAAAGAGAAAAAAACAAAUUCCCCCCCUAAAAUAAUCAUGUACAUACCAGGACACUAGACUUCCUGUUUUUCCCGUUGUAUAUUCCUUUUUUAACAAAUGAACGUACUCUUAUUAUGUUAUAUUUCUUUACAUAUUAUCUCAUACAUUCCUAUAUAAAAAUGUGCUCCUGGUCUUAUUUCUCAACUCAGUCUCACUCCAACGUCAAUCAAAUGCUGGCAUAGAUAGCGAACCUUUACAGUGGUACCUCGGGUUACAGGCGCUUCAGGUUACAGACUCUGCUAACCCAGAAAUAGUGCUUCAGGUUAAGAACUUUGCUUCAGGAUGAGAACAGAAAUCGUGCUCCGGCGGCGUGGUGGCAGCGGGAGGCCCCAUUAGCUAAAGUGGUGCUUCAGGUUAAGAACAGUUUCAGGUUAAGAACGGACCUCCGGAACGAAUUAAGUACUUAAUCCGAGGUACCACUGUACUGUAUUUUUGAACGUAUGUUUUAUAUCUAUCCCACUUUUCCAUAAAUUUUUGUUUUGAAUUGCCUCUCGGUAUUGGUUAACUGCACCAUUUCAGCAAAUUCUUGUAGCUUGUAAUGCCAGUCCGUUACUGUCAGGGCUUCUUGUUCCUUCCAUCCCUUUGCCACCAAAGUCCGAGCUGCGGCCGUUGCAUAUAAGAACACCUCCCUAAAGGCCUUCGGGAUGUCCCUGCCAACAGUGCUUAACAGAAAUGCCUCUGGUCUUUUAAAAAAAGUUAUUCCAAACAUUUCCUUGUCUUCUCUGAUCUAAUCCUGACAAGACAGUAGUACUGUUUUUGGGGGACAGGGGGCGGGCGGGUGUGGAGGACUCCCUGGUCCUGAAUGGGGUAACUGUGUCCCUGAAGGACCAGGUGCGCAGCCUGGGAGUCAUUUUGGACUCAUAGCUGUCCAUGGAGGCGCAGGUCAAUUCUGUGUCCAGGGCAGCUGUUUAUCAGCUCCAUCUGGUACACAGGCUGAGACCCUACCUGCCCGCAGACUGUCUUGCCAGAGUGGUGCAUGCUCUGGUUAUCUCCUGCUUGGACUACUGCAAUGCGCUCUACUUGGGGCUACCUUUGAAGGUGACCCGGAAACUGCAAUUAAUCCAGAAUGCAGCAGCUAGACUGGUGAAUGGGAGUGACCACCGGGACCACAUAACACCGGUCCUGAGAGAUCUGCACUGGCUCCCAGUACGUUUCCGAGAACAAUUCAAAGUGUUGGUGCUGACCUUUAAAGCCCUAAACAGCCUCGGUCGUGUAUACCUGAAGGAGCGUCUCCACCUCCAUCGUUCUGCCCGGACACUGAGGUCCAGCUCCUAGGGCCUUCUGGCGGUUCCCUCAUAGUGAGAAGUGAGGUUACAGGGAACCAGGCACAGGGCCUUCUCGGUGGUGGCACCCACCCUGUGGAACGCCCUCCCUUCAGAUGUGAAGGAAAUAAGCAGCUAUCCUAUCUUUAAAAGACAUCUGAAGGCAGCCCUGUUUAGGGAAGUUUUUAAUAUUUAAUGCUGUAUUGUUUUUAACAUUCGAUUGGGAGCCGCCCAGAGUGGCUGGGGAAACUCAGCCAGAUGGGCGGGGUAUAAAUAAUAAAUUAUUAUUAUUAUUAUUAUUAUUAUUAUUAUUAUUAUUAGCCGAGAGUGAAAACACCGUUUCCGUUUCAGGCCAGACCCCAUGGGGCCCUUUGCUGUUGGAGGAGAAGACCUGAACCCCUUUGGGUAAGUCAGUCCCUUUUACCUGAAAGGCUGUUCUUUAAAAAAUAAAAAUAAAAAGUUUACAGCUCAUGUUCCCCCAUGGAUCUUCCCCAAUCUCCCCAAAUUCUUCUUGCUCAGGAGCCGGAGCGGUGGGAUGAUCAUGGAUCCGCUGCGUUCAGGGUUUCCAAAUCCCAUUCUCGACCCGUCUUCAGGACUCCCCAACAGGCUGCCUCCAGGAUCCGUGCCUCCUGGCGCCAGAUUCGACCCCUUUGGACCCCCUGGGGCAAACCGGAGUGGGUAAGUAGGGGGGCAAGUUUGCAGGGAGGGACAGGGUCAGACACUGGCCUAGGAUUUCAGCGUUGAAAACAUUGCUGCGUUCGAGACAUUUUCAUGCCAGGGGCGGGAAAUCGAAACAGCUGCUCCCUUUUCACUAAUUGAACCAAUAAUUAAGUCAACCCGUACCCAGCGGAAACAAUAGCAUCCUGCCAUCUGCAGGAGCUGCAGAGAUUUAGCUAGGUUUUAAGAAUGGGGCCUGCUUUUCAGGGUUGCCAUAGUUCAGAGUCAGUGCAUCUGCUUGGAAUGCAGAAUGCUGCUGGUUGGAUUCCUGGCGUCUCCAGGCAGGGAAGGGAAGAGCACACACACUCUCACACUCUCUCUCUCUCUAUAUAUAUAUAAAAUUUGUUCUUGCAUGUGAAACUGAAAAUGCAAAAAUAAUCUCAAAAAAUAAUCUCUUCUCUCUCUCAAUAUAUACACACACAGACACACACACACAGAGAGAGAGAGUUUAUUUUAGCAUUUUCAAUUUUACAUGCAAUACCAAUAAAAUAAAAUAAAACCAAACUUAAUAAUAAUAAUUUAUUAUUUGUACCCUGCCCAUCUGGCUGGGUCUCCCCAGCCACUCUGGGCGGCUUCCAAGAAAGAUGAAAAAUACAUUAAAAUGUCACACAUUAAAAACUUCCCUGAACAGGGCUGCCUUCUAAAUGUCAGGUAGACAUUUAGAAGUCAGGGAUGUCUUCGAAAUGUCAGGUAGUUGUUCUCCUUGACAUCUGCUGGGAGGGCGUUCCACAGGGCGGGUGCCACCACCGAGAAGGCCCUCUGCCUGGUUCCCUGUAACUUGGCUUCUCGCAAUGAGGGAACCGCCAAAAGGCCCUCGGCGCUGGACCUCAGCGUCUGGGCAGAACGAUGGGGGUGGAGACGCUCCUUCAGAUAUAAUAGAAACAUAAUUCCCCUUUGACUUCCCUACCCCGCUUUUGUGGAUCCUUAUAUAACGCUUUUCUUCUGCAUCUCCUCAAUAACUCCUAUAAAUCCUUCGCCAAAUCCACCAUUCAAAUUUUUGCUACAAGUUUUCCAUCAAGCCUGCUGAUGAAUGUCAUUGUUUGCAAUCAUUUUUCAAAUACAUUAUAAACCUGGGCUGGGAAGGACUCUUGCUGGAAACCCAGCCAGGGUAGAGAACGCUGCUAAAGCUGACCUGAUGGUCUGGAAUCAUAGAGAUAGGAGUGACUAUGUGGGGGAUCCAGUCUUAACCCCCCGCAAUGCAGGAAUCGCCUCCCCCAACAUGGGACUCAAACCCACAACCGUGAGAUUAAGGAGUCUCAUAGCUCUACUGACGGGUGCGUCUCCAAGUCUGAGUAUAACGCAGCUUCCUUUGCAUAACCCCCAGAAUUGCAUAAUAAAACAAAUGCAGACAAACAGGCCAAAGGCCCCCAACCCAUUUUCUAGCAACUUAGACUCUAAACCAGGGGUCAGCAAACUUUUUCAACAGGGGGCCAGUCCACUGUCCCUCAGACCUUGUGGGGGCCGGGCUACAUUUUGAGGGGGAAUGAACGAAUUCCUGUGCCCCACAAAUAACCCAGAGAUGCAUUUUAAAUAAAAGCACACAUUCUACUCAUGGAAAAACACACUGAUUCCUGGACCGUCCGCAGGCCGGAUUUAGAAAUAAUAAUAAUAAUAAUAAUAAUAAUAAUAAUAAAUUAUUUUAUUUAUACCCCGCCCUCCCCAGCCAAGACCGGGCUCAGGGCGGCUAACACCAGGUAUAAAAACAAUUGACUGAAAUACAACUUAAAAAACAAGAUUGAAAUACAACAUUAAAAUGCAGCCUCAUUUCAGUGGAAACUCAAAUAAAAAACUUUUUGGGGAAUGAAAACGUCAAGUCUUCACCAAGGCCAACUAUCCAGACUGGUCCUAUGUGGGCCAGAAAAAAGCUAGGGAAGUCCCCAAGUAGGAGUUCCAUCACAGAAGGAGAAAGGAAAGAGGGGAUCAAGUUGAUUUCAAGCCAAAGGCCAGGCGGAACAACUCUGUCUUACAGGCCCUGCGGAAAGAAAUCGGAUCCUGCAGGGCCCUGGUCUCAUGAGGCCGAGCAUUCCACCAGGCCGGGGCCAGUGUUGAAAAGGCCCUGGCUCUGGUUGAGGCUAGUCUGGCUUCCUUAGAGCCUAGGAUCUCUAGGGUGUUGCUGUUUAUGGAGCUUAAGGUCCUCCGUGGGGCAUAUUGGGAGAGGCGGUCCUGUAGGUACGAGGGUCCUAGGCCGUGAAGGCGAUUGGGCCGGAUCCGUCCCCCGGACCGUAGUUUGCCUACCCAUGCUGUAGACGGAAUGGGUAGCAUUUUAUUCUUGCUCACCCUAGAAUAUGGGGAGCGACGGUUGAUGCUCUUUGUUCGCCUUCCAGGCCAAACCCCGACCACCUGCCACCGCCCAACUACGACGACAUGUUCAUGUGAGGAAUGCUGAGGACCUGCUCCCCUCGGGUUGAUCGGCACUCAUCUCUGACGCCCCAAAUGUUUGGGGCACGGGCUUCCGUCUGCAAGCAGGCCACCACCCUGUCUCCUGCUUUGAUUUCCCACCACAUAAACCGGAAGAGGAUGGCGUGUGCAUAGAAAUGUGUAUAUAUAUAUAUAUUUUCCCCCUCUCUCUUCCCCUGCUGCCCCAAACACUUUAGGUUGACUUCCCCGUUGCCCUGAAACGGCAAGCGCCUGUGAAAAAGGACGGCCGUGCUCUUAACAUCUGCUGGGGGGGUUGUUUUUCGAAGGAUGCGAAGGGCCAGGGAGGAAUUGUCCCGUUCCAAAACCUGGGUGUGCCCAGCAACCCAGUUGGCCACUGCUGGUUUCUGACGCCAAUCAUAGCAGGGGCAGGUAGGGAAGAGUUGGACCAAUCGAAAGCCCGCCCUCCAAAAUGCCUCCACCCUCCCCAGCUUGUCACUCAAAACAGUUUCCAACUUAAAAAACCCUUUUUUCCUUGAAAGGCCAUUCCCACCCCCACCCCCUAUUUUCCUAGCUUCUGAUGAAACCAGCUGGCUACCCGGCAAGUAAAAAAAAACAACCCAGAAAAAAGGCUUUUUCUCUUCCCAGGUGGCACACUUGAGUUGGCACAGAGCGGGCUGGUAAGAAGCUGAAAUAGCAGCAGGGUGUGUGGGUGUUAGUGGCAGGCAAAUUGAGUUGGCUCCUUGGUCUGGGCAGAGCCGUUUAUAAACAGCGUUUUGCUGCUUGCAUCCCUGUCUUGAGAUGAUGUGUUUUGCUUUUUAGAGGGUAUCUCUUGCAUGCUGGCUUGAGAACAGGCUUCCCAAACUGGAAUUCCCUCCAGAAGUCUAGGACUACAAUCCCCAUCAGGCUCAGCUAGGCCAGGGGGAGGGUGGACAGCUGGGUCCCCAGAACUGCCUCUGAAAGCACAGCAACUGUGGUUCCCCUUCUCCAGCUGCCACACACACACACACACACACACACACACACACACACCCGUCCCCAGCAAAGUAGACCCAGAUCAACCUAUUUGUGUUGCAUGCAAGGACGUGGACUUCCUUUGCGGGCUCUGUGCCUUUUGAACUGCAGGCUGGCAGCAGAAAUUCAACAGGUGAAGUUUCCUCCUUUUAUACCCAUGCUAAGGAACAGCGUCCCUCUCCUCGCUCGGCUGCUGUUAAGGGAACAGAUCCAUUGAAAAUAAAACACACAAUAAUAUUGGAUAGCCUACAUGCGAAAAAAGGUCGAUUGUUUAUAUCUGUCUCUGCCACUUGCGGACUUGGAUUCUGUUCCCCUUAAGUACAAAAGGGCUUUUUAUGCUGGCUGGCUGCUGUUUUGGCUUCUCUGGGGACUAGGGCUUGAAGUGGAGGCGGACAUAUUCUACCCUCUCCAUUCAGGGUAGAGAGCUGGCCGGCCAACACUGCAGGGUUGUGUGGAAAAGGCUUGCCCCGCCCCCCUCUCUUUGGCCAGAAAUGGCGUUCUCUGCCUUAUCUUCCAGGCGCUGCCAAACAGCGUUUCUCGUGGAAGGGGAACCUGUGACCCUCUGGUCAUCUGAUUCCCAUCAGCCCUGAGCAUCGGCCAUGCUACCUGCAAGGGCUGAUGGGAGUCCGUCAGCAUCCAUAGAGCAUCAGCCUCUCUGUCUCUGAUGCGGCUGAAAGACUUAGAAGUAUACUCUGCCUUAGAGCAAGUUCCCGCAAUCGUUUUCCAGCACGGUGGUCACAGUGGCCUACAAGUUAGCUUUGUGUGUGUGUAAGAAAGGGGGGACAGUUUUCUUCCUCUAGUUGGCAAGCUUCUAUUCUGCCCCAUCCAUCCCUGCAAAGAGGAGGCACUGCUGUGAUUUUUCAGGUCAGCUGAUAUUAUCAGAUUGUUUUUUCCUGCAAAGCUUGCAGCCGCCACAAGAUGGCUUUAAAAAAAAAUAUUGAAAUUGCGUGAUUCUCUGAGUGGUGCAGCUGCUUUGCUCUUCACCACGUCACUAGGAGGUCUUGGGAACUGCCUGCCACCAGAGAUGGCAACGUUUCUGCUUGGAGCAGUUACCAUACCAGGCAGGGGGAUGUUUGGGUGUGGACUGGCAGCACAUGACUUCUGAAAGCCAUCUAAGCUCUUAAGAAGCACAAGGAGUAAACCUGGAGCGUUCGUUUCCCCUUGGGGUGUUUCAGUGGCUUUGAGACUUCCAAACUGCUGCAUUUUCUACUUGCUUGAGAUCAAAAAGCGGGCAAUCCCUGCUCCACAGGGACAUUGUCUCUACAGACAGGCUGUGAUUUGAUAUAAUAAGGACUGUGUGUGUUGUCAUAGGGGUGACCUGAGUAGGUGUGUUGCAAGUUAACCCCUUUAAAGUAAUAAUAAAAGUUCAUGCUCUUUCACGCG